AUGGCGCGGCUGCCCGUCGUCGCGUGCUGCUGGUUCUUCGCUCGGGCCAUCGACGUGCGCGACCUCGACCCCUGGCGCUUCGAGAAGCAGCUCGUCGAGCGCUACGUGCGCGACGGCAACGGCACGGUCUACUUCGUGCCGGCGGAGCCGCAGCUCGACGGCCGCGUCCUCUGCGACGUCGCCGUCGACAGCGGCGCGCGCAUCCCGACGGACGCCUUCGGCCGCGUGGACCGCCGGAGGGACGAGGACGCGCAGCACUGCGUUCCGCGGCACCCGGAGCGGGCGAGGAGCUGGCACGGGCUGCCCGAGGCCGCGGCGUACUACGCGUCGCACUUCCGCGUGGGCUUCCUCGAGAUCCACACGCGCCUGCCCGCGGCGCUCGCCUUCACGCGCUUCGCCUUCGUCGGCGUCGUGCGCGACCCGCUCCACGCCGUCGCCGGCGGCACCGAGGGCGACCCCGCGCGCGUGAAGCAGUACGUCAACCGGCAGCUCGGCCACUACAUCGGCUGCGCGGCGACCAUCGCCAAGGUCUUCGCCAAGGCGGGCGCGGCGGAGGCGACGAUCCGCACGGGGGCGACGCGGACGCUGCCCCACUACCGCGUGGGCUUCGAGUUCCGCGGCGGCGACGAACGCUACGUCGACGUGCCCGACGGCGACUACGCGGAGCAGCGCGCGCGGCACCGGCCGAACUGCGCCCAGGCCGUGCUGGACUUCCACCGGCCGACGCGCGACGACCUCGACGCGGCGAAGCGGCGCCUCGACCGCUUCUCGGUCGUCGCGCCCCUGGAUCGGCUCGCGGAGCUCGCGCCGCUCCUGAAAGCCAAGUUCGGCUACGGCGACGUGUCGGCGCUGGCGCGCUUCAACUACACGGCCUACUCCCAGCCGGAGCUGGCGAUCCUGGCCAAGGUCGACGGCCACAUCGCCGCGGCGUUCCGCCGCAACACGGACCUGGACCGCGAGCUCUACGCCUACGCGGGCCGGCUGCUGGACGCCCAGCUCCAGGCGCACCGCAACUCGUGGUCGGGCGCCGUGCGCGUCGGCCGGGACGCGUCCCGCGGCGCGGGCGUCGAGAUCGGCUCCUUGAGCUCCGUGAAGGUCCACCCGGCCGCGGAGCGCCUCGAGGCGCCCAAGUGGGCGGCCCUGCCCGACGCGUUCCCCAUGUUCGAGGACGCGGCGCGGGAGGAGGGGUUCGGGACGGCGCUCGCGGUGUAA